GGCCACAACCUCACAUCGAGAUCAGAGUCAACAGACCCCGCGCGCGACAGACGGAGUGACGGACUCGACACGUCAUGCAGCUUUACGCGAGUCUCCCGUUAAAUUUGCAGUCGCUCUCCGUGAAUCAUGUCUUCGCACUCGCGUUGCUCGCGUUUUCGGCGAUAGUGGUUAAAUUACUGAUUAAGAGGAGGAAGAGGAUGCGAACUCUGGAGCCUUUUCCAGGACCACCUGCACACUGGCUCCUCGGACACGUCAAGGAGUUUCACCAGGAUGGACAUGAUUUGGAAAAGAUUCUGAAGUGGAGUGGACAGUAUCCCUUUGCAUUUCCGCUGUGGUUUGGCCCAUCAUUGUCCAUUUUGAACAUCCACCACCCAUCAUAUGUGAAAACCAUUCUCUCUACUACAGAACCCAAAGAUGACUAUGCAUACAAGUUUUUCAUCCCUUGGUUAGGCGAUGGCUUACUUUUGUCUGCUGGACAGAAAUGGUUUCGGCAUAGACGGCUCCUCACUCCUGGUUUCCAUUAUGAUGUUCUGAAGCCUUAUGUGAAACUUGUUUCUGAUUCAACCAAAGUCAUGCUUGAUAAGUGGGAAGUUUAUGCCAAAUCCGAAGAGUCAUUUGAACUGUUUAAGCAUGUAAGUCUGAUGACGCUGGACAGCAUCAUGAAAUGUGUGUUUAGCUGUAACAGCAACUGUCAGACUGACAGUGGAACCAACCCGUACAUCCAGGCGGUGUAUGACCUCUGCCACCUGGUGAACGUCAGGUUCAGAGUGUUUCCUUACCACAGCAAGGCCAUAUUUCAUCUCAGUCCACAUGGAUACAAAUUCAGGAAGGCGACUAGAAUAGCACACAGUCAUACAGCGGAAGUUAUCAGAAAGAGGAAGGAGGUCUUGAAGAUUGAGAAGGAACAAGGCAUUGUUAAAAACAAACGAUAUAUGGACUUUUUGGAUAUUCUUCUGUCUGCCCGAGAUGAGCAUCAGCAGGGUUUGUCAGAUGAGGAUAUCAGGAAUGAAGUAGACACAUUCAUGUUUGAAGGCCAUGACACUACAGCCAGUGGAAUAUCUUGGAUCUUCUACAAUCUGGCAAGUAACCCUGAGCACCAGGAGAAAUGCAGGGAGGAGAUCCUGCAGGCCCUGGAUGGAAAAGACACAGUGGACUGGGAAGACCUCAAUAAAAUUCCUUAUACCACAAUGUGCAUUAAAGAAUCCCUGCGGCUUUGCCCUCCUGUCCCGGGAAUAUCACGAAAGCUGACUAAACCCUUGACUUUUUUUGAUGGACGGACUGUACCUGAAGGUUUUAUCGUUGGAAUUAGCAUUUAUGGGAUCCACAUGAAUACCACAGUAUGGGAGAAUCCAUAUGUAUUUGAUCCGUUGAGGUUUCUGCCGGAGAACGUUGCUAAGAGGUCACCGCAUGCUUUUGUGCCCUUCUCUGCUGGACCCAGAAACUGCAUCGGACAGAACUUUGCCAUGAAUGAGAUGAAAGUUGCAGUGGCGCUGACACUGAAGAAAUACCACCUGAUUAAAGACCCCCAGCACACCCCGAAGAUGAUCCCUCAAAUCGUCCUCAGAUCACUUAAUGGAAUUCACAUCAAGAUCAAACCAGUAGAAAAUGAUUCAUGAUAAGCUAGUGGGUACAUUGAGCCUGUUUGGAUGCUAGGAGGUGUGUUUACCUUUAGAAGAAUGAUUCUGACUUAAUUUAAAUAGUUAAUACACAUUUAACAGCUGGAAACUGGUUGGUUAGUGAAUAAGAAACCAAUUUUUGAAAUAUUACGAAGUAAAGUGGCACCACUAUUUAGUGAAUUCAGCCCUUAAAUUUGUUGCUAAAUAUCACCAUUUGCUGUACUGCUUGGUUGCUUUUAAUCAUGGCAACAGAAGAAAAAAUGUUGAAGUCAAUAUAAAUAAAUUUGAAUUUGCCUACAUCAUUAAUUCUUAAACUAGAGAUCUCUAAUAUGGAGUAGCUAAAUGCAGGUGAAAUCUUGUGAUCUGUAACUAAUUGAAUAAAAAUAUGGGAAAAAAAACAA